AUGGGCCUUUCAGAGCGCAAAGUCAAACAACGCAUUGGUCUCGACCCACGAAAUCUCUCAUGGUCUAACGAUCAAUCCCGUUUUUCGUACAAACACAUGACCGCUCUGGGAUGGAAAGAAUCCUCUGGUCUUGGCUCAGAUCUCGGCGGAAAUCCAAAUCACAUUGCUGUGGUGCGUAGGCUAGACAACUCGGGGAUUGGUACUAGUCGAGCGAGGAAGGAAGGGGAAGAUAACGCUGCUGGGGCGGGUGUGGCAGGCAGAGGUUUAGACGACGUGUUGAAGAGAUUACAAGCUGCCUCGGAAUCUUCUACUCCAAGUCCAGCGCCAGAAGUCGCAGAAAAAGUACCAGCUCCCGUCAAAAGUCGUAUUGCUUCGCGACAAAAGCACUUGCACGCAAAGCGACUCGCUUCCUCUUCCCCAGCUGCCCUCGCAGAAAUACUCGGUGUCCCUAUCUCAUCUCUUCCCACAUCGAUUACUACCACUCCCACGACAACUUCACCUCCGACACCAGUCAGCGAACCCCUGACGGUCUCCGAAGAGGAAAUCGAUGGUCGUAAGGUCACGGAAACGACCUCCACUUCAUCACUCUCAGUAGCCGAUUAUUUCAGGCAGAAACUACGAGAGAAAAUGCUCGCUCGUCAAGCAAAUACGAAUACCGCAUCCAGCUCGACGCCCUCAACGAAUGACCUUGCUGAAAAUAGCCUGGCAAGGAUCAAAGAAGAAGUGAAGGUCGCCGUGGGUGGCGUAAGCUGGGAGGGGAGCAAGACGACGUUCGCUGAAAAUGCGAAAGUAUUGGUGGAAGAGACGAAAGUUCAAGCGUUUCAAGAGGUCAUCACUUUGGUGUCGGAUACAAAACAAGAGAGGCGGAGGAGGAAAGAGGAAAAGCGGGCGAGAAAAGCGGACAAGCUAGCUAAGAAGACAGCCAACAUCUCUAGUGUCGAGGUCACUCCAUCAGUGAGGAAGGAGAAGAAGAGAAAACGUGAAACUGGAGAUACCGUCGAGAUAGAAGCCACUGAGGAAUGGGACAACAUAAACGAGCCGGCAGAGAUGAGAAAAAAGAAGAGAAAGGAAAAGAAGAAGCGGGAGAUAGUUGACGAUACCACUGCAUAG